UUAAUGUUCCUCCGAACCCUUCUCUGCCGUCUUUUGGUGCUGCUCGUCCCGCUGGCCGUGACGAGCAGCCUGUAUCUAUAUCUGUAUCCCGUCGUCCACGGCUGCGCCUUUCCUCUGCCGCAUCAUGACUCGCACUCUUUCUCGAAUACCUUUUUGGCCACUGCGCGACAGCAUUUAACCAUAGACGCUGAGCCCGCACCAGCAGCGCCAUUCCGUCUUCUUGUCCUCGCAGAUCCUCAAAUAGAGGGCGACAGCUCGCUACCUAAGGCAGAAGAUGAGCUGCCAGCGCGUCUGCGACACCACUGGGGGCAGAUACGGGCUGCCCUGACCUCUCCAGCCAUCACCACCGCCCUCCGCUCCCUCCUGCACACCGAUCUCCCCCGCACCCUCAAAGCAGCGCGCAAACGUCUCGACCUCUUGGGUAACGACUACUACCUCGCCCACAUCUACCGCACCCUCCACUGGUGGUCCCAGCCCACCCACGUCACGGUCCUCGGCGAUCUCAUCGGCAGCCAAUGGGUCAGCGACGAGGAAUUCCAGCGCCGUGGCCACCGAUACUGGGAGCGAGUGUUCCAGGGUGGUGUGCGGGGGGACUCGUUCAUUCCUCCAACCCAAAACAACAACAACGCCGACUUCGCCCUCAACCCCACCACCCACUCCUCCCCCUGGGCGAACCGCAUCCUCAACGUCGUCGGCAACCACGACAUCGGAUACGCAGGGGACGCCAGCGCCGCGCGCAUCGCGCGGUUCGAAGAGACCUUCGGAACCGUCAACUGGGACGUGAAAUUCUGGCUCAACAACACAUCAGCCUCAGCCUCCCACCGAAAUAUAGCCCCCCACCCCAACCCCCCACGAAUCCACAUCAUCAACCUCAACUCGCUCACCCUCGACACCCCCGCCUACGGCCCCGACAUCCAGUCCGCCUCCUACGACUACCUCAACGCCCUCAUCACCGACCGUCUCGCGCCGGUCACCGACCGCUCCACGUUUACGUUGCUGCUGACGCACCUCCCGCUGCACAAGCGGGCGGGUGUCUGCGUGGACGCGCCGCAUUUUAAGUUCUUCGAGGAGGAUGAUAACGCCGAGGAUGGGAAGGAGAAGCGGUGGUUCGCGGGCGGAUUGCGCGAGCAGAAUCAUUUGAGUGAGUGGGUGAGUGGGAAUGGGGUGUUGGAGGGGGUGUUUGGGAUGAGUGGGGAGGUCGCGGAGGUGGAAGGCGGCGGGUGGGGAAGGAAGGGGUUGGUGUUGACGGGGCACGAUCAUGAGGGUUGCGAUGUUUUGCAUUUUGUGAGGAGGGAUGGGGGGUUUGACUCGGACUUGAGAGAUGAGGGUGAGGACCCCGAGCAAAGGGACUGGAAAUGGGACGCCAAACGCUACUCCGCCGCGCAGGAGGCCGCCGCUACUCCUCCCUCCACGCCCUCCAUCCGCGAGGUCACCAUGCGCUCCAUGAUGGGUGCGUAUGGCGGGUACGCGGGCUUGCUGUCCGUGUGGUUUGACACGGACAAGCAGGAGUGGGAGUAUGAGAUCCAGAUGUGCGCGGCCGGGGUACAGCACAUCUGGUGGGCGGUGCAUGUGGUGGAUCUGGUGACUGUCGGCGUCGUGGUGGUC